AUGAAAAUAACGGAUGAGAGUAAAGUGUUUUAUCAUUCCGUGUAUGCUGUAAUUGAAAAGAUUCCGUAUGGUAAAGUCACAAGUUAUGGUACGUAGAUUCUAAUUUUAUUAGCUGUUAAAGAUCAACUAACUUUUGAUUGUAAAGGUCACAUAGCUUAUUUAUUGAAUAGACCGCAAAACUCACGCCUCGUGGGAUCAUCUCUUAAGCAUUUGAAGUUCAUUGCGGAAUCAUUAAACAGAGAGGCCGACCCAGAGGAUAUUAUAGAGCCUGAGAGGGUUCCUUGGUGGAGGGUUAUACUGAGUGCUGGUAAAAUAUCACCUCGGGGUAAUUCUGACAAUGAAACCAGACAGGCCAGAUUUUUAAGAGAUGAGGGGGUGGAAGUACUGAAUGCGUACCGUAUUGACCUAGAUGAAUAUGGUUGGUUUCCGGACGAAGUUGAUUUUUAA